GUACCACUACCAGCUGCAGCAGCUCCGUGCCCACUUCACCCAGUGUACUUCGCUCAUUCACCUGACUGAAGCCGCCCCCACGUGACGUCACGUGAGUGACAGCGGCAGAGCCCUCAGAAGUCCGGCUGCCCGUUCACUGUGAGUCCUCCGCCUCACCCGGGCAGCAGUUUGCCUCAAGACGCCAGCAAGGACCGGUCCCGCCGGUGACACUGCCCGCUCCGUCUCCGCUCAGCCUCUACCGGUCCAUCUUGGAAAAAAUUUACAAAAGGCUAAUAAAAUGCUACGCAGAAAAGACUUAGAGAAAUAUCGUGAUGUGGAUGAGGAUGAUAUCUUAAACAAGCUGACUGAUGAGGAAAUAAGAGAACUGGAAGGAGAACUAGAAGAAUUAGAUCCAGAUAAUCAGUUGUUGCCUGUUGGCUUAAGGCAAAGGAACCAGACAAACAAAACACCGACUGGACCUUUCCAGAGAGAUGCCCUGCUAGGCCAUUUAGAAAAGCAAGCUAAGGAAAUGAAAGACAGAGAAGAUUUGGUGCCUUAUACUGGAGAAAAACGAGGAAAACCUUGGAUUCCCAAGAUGAAACCAGUAGAUCCUGUUUUAGAAAGUGUCACUCUUGAACCAGAACUGGAGGAAGCAUUGGCCAAUGCCUCUGAUGCUGAGUUGUGUGACAUUGCGGCUAUCCUAGGAAUGCAUACUCUCAUGAGUAACCAGCAAUACUAUGGAGCCCUUGCAAGCACCAAUAUAGUCAACAAGGAAGGACUGAACAGUGUGAUUAAGCCAACGCAAUAUAAGCCGGUUCCUGAUGAAGAACCUAAUUCAACUGAUGUGGAUGAAACAUUGGAACAAAUAAAAAACAAUGAUCCUGACUUGGAAGAUGUUAAUCUCAACAAUAUAAGGAACAUUCCUAUACUUAUAUUAAAAGAUUAUGCUGAAGCAAUGAAAACCAAUACCCAUGUGAAGAAGUUCAGCAUUGUGGGAACAAGGAGCAAUGAUCCUGUUGCAUUUGCUUUUGCAGAUAUGCUAAAAGUCAAUACUACACUAAAGAGCUUAAAUGUGGAGUCUAAUUUCAUCAGUGGAACAGGAAUCUUAGCUCUUGUCGAAUCUCUCCAGCAAAACACAUCAUUGGUUGAACUAAAGAUAGACAAUCAGAGUCAACCACUUGGUAAUAAAGUGGAAAUGGAAAUUGCAAGUAUGCUAGAAAAAAAUUCAACACUCCUCAAAUUUGGUUAUCACUUCACUCAACAAGGACCGAGAUUGCGAGCAUCUAAUGCCAUGAUGAACAAUAAUGAUCUAGCUCGUAUACAUAGAUCUGAUGGGCCGUGGCAUAACUUUUCAGCUCUGGACCUGGAGGAUGUAUAAUGAGGAAGAGAAGGCUGGCCGACCUGGAUGGCCCAAUUUUACCAAAAUGCCGAAGCGGGGUGUAAAGAGAAGGUGAAAACAGCGCCACACAGCAGGAGCCUUUCCAUGAGAGUUUGUACCAGGGUGCAGAAUCCUUAUACCAGAGUGAAAGCCCAUGAACUCUGUUUUAUACCUCAGUACUCUACAGUGUCAGACAUUAUGCACCCAAACAGUGCAAGAUGAUGUCAUCAAGGUGCAGAAAUACAGAAAAACAUAUCGUUUGGUGAUUCUUAAUUGCAGACCAACCUGAUAUUGAUACUUAUUUUCCUGUUGGUGUUUCUUGCACAUUGGUCAUCCUCGUAUCUACAGCACAAUACAGAGCAUUGCACAUGAUUUACCAGGGAAUAACUUCCACCAAUCAUACAUCUCAAAAAAGCACAUUGUGCCUCGCCAGCAGAAAAGCACUGAUAAUAGUUUGUUUUAACCUAAUCACAUUACAGCAAGUCACAUUCUUUGGAUUGAGAAUCCACAUUUUUUCAGAUUACCGGUAUGUCAGUUUUAAAAAUAGAAUUUCUUUACACAGUGUUAUAUCUUUUCAUAAUAAUAUCACCCAAUACAAACUCCCUUUUCCACAUUCCACAUCUUUUACGAGCCCAAAUUAACACUUGAUAAUACUGCAUAUAAUAAUGUAGUUUUGCAUGGCAUAAAGUUCCACAAACCCGUAUACAUACACACACUCAUCUGUAAAAUCAUUAGUAUGAUCAUUACUACUUUUGGACUACCGUAGCUAUCGCCAUUAGUCCAAUGGACUUUGAAUUGAAAAGUAGUGCACAUGUUUGACCACCCUUCAUUUAAACUCACAUUGAGGGGGGACUGAGAGCCCCAAGUAGUCAGACAUUUAUCACCUAUUCUGUGGAUAAGGGGUAAAUAUCAUUUGUGGGUAAGUCCCUCUACUCUGUACUGUAGUAUAAGAGAGGCCUCAUAAAGUCUGAACCUUUAAGAGAAUAUGUAUCAUAGUAGAGUCUUCUCUACUUGGACCCCUUUAUUAGCAAGAAUAGAAAGCACUGCAAAGACCAGGUUCCUAUCUGGAGGACCCAACAUGAUAACGUGUGGGUGCCUACAGUUCCCCUACAAAUAACAGCUAGAUAUUUCAACCGCUUAUAUAAUACGUAGGCUGCCAUGUAUCAAUAAUCUAAAAAGGCAGCAGCAAGCUUAACAGGAGCACUGGGAAGAGCAAUAAAGGGCUGUCCCAUUACAACAACUUAUCCUCUUUCCCCAGGGAAUAGAGGAGUAGGGUCUGACCGCAGGGGCACCCACCAAUCACUAGAAUGAGGCCUUUUUGAAUAGAAUGGUGGACAUGCAUGCUUACUGCCACUACAAUCAACUCUAUAGGAAUGCUGGAGAUAGCUUGUACUUAUCUUCAGCAGCCCCAUAGAGCAGCAAUGUUACAUAGGGGAACACGGGCUCCCAUUUUAGUGAUCGGCAGAAGCCCAAGCGGUCAGACCUCCACCCAUCGGGAUAGGAGAUAAGUCGUUGUAAUCAGACAACACCUUUAAUGUCUACACAGCAGUGCCAGGCAAUAUGCUGUUUCCAUAUAUAUUAUUCUUGGGUACAAUUUGUUGAGGUUUUUCAUUAUGUGCCUUUAAUUUUACUGUUCUGUUGUUUACUGAACUAAAUCAGAUUUUCAAAUAAUGCUAUAUUUAAUAAAUGUUACAUCCAAAAAUGAUGAAUAUCAUUGCUGAGCAAUGCCUUACGACUGCUGUGUAUUCUCUUCUGCCAUACAUUUAUUGUUGUGAACCUCUGUUUGCAUAGUGUUCUAAUUCAAUGUCUGUUUUUAUAUAUUACACUAGAAUAUAUGAAGUAGUAGUAGUAGAUGAAACGGACAGUGUUUGAUACCAAAAUCGUACUAACCACAAGAUUGUUGAUGACAAUUAUUAGUUCAGUUUGGUUCAACUGAUUAUGAGCCCAUCUAAACCCUUUACCGGUCAGUCAACAAUCAUGCAAAUGCUCUUUUGUUGACUAGUCAGAUCUUAUAUGCUAGGGAUGGAAAAUUUAUGCAGGCCGAAUGAUCAUAGUAAAAAUUGUUUACUUCCCCCCCCCCAAUACAAUUUGAUCACACCAAUCAGAACUCUUUAUAGCCUAACAUUGGGCCACAUAAAAGGACCCUUAAGACUUAUUCACAUGUCAAUGUUUGGUCAGUGAUUGUGAG